CCGCAGUAAAUUGAACGGGUAUCCAGAGCCAUGUCGAUCGCUUUAUCAACCGCUCACUACCACCCUCCCCACUCCAAAAACCUCCCUUCCAGCUAACCACCUACCCCAACCCCCAAUCCACCCCAACCCACCACCCAAAAUGACCCACGCCGCCUCCACCGCCGACCUGCGCGCCAGCACCCUCUUCUCCUUCACCAACCACGUCGUUCUCGUAACCGGCGGAGCCACCGGCCUCGGCGAAAUAGCCGCCCAAGCAUUCAUCCAAAACGGGUCCCGCGUCUUCAUCGCGUCGCGCAAAGAAUCCGAACUCCACUCCACCAGCACACGUCUAAACGCCCUCGGGCCCGGGCACUGCAGCUACAUCAUCGCGGACCUAAAAGACAAAGCCGGCUGUCUCGCCUUAUGCGCGGAAAUGCAGCGCCAAACUGACCGGUUGACGGUGCUGGUGAACAGCACGGGGGCGAGCUGGGGGGAUGAGUAUUAUGAUUAUCCGGAGGAGGCGUGGGAUAAGCUGUAUAGUCUUAAUGUUAAGAGUGUGUUUUAUAUGACUGUGGGGCUUGAGGGGUUGCUGGGUAAGGGCGCGACUAUGAUGGAUCCGGGGAGAGUGGUGAAUAUAGCUAGUAUGGCGGGGAUCCAGACGGGGGAUGUUACGACGGGGGAGGGUGGGGGGUUGUCUAGGCCCGGGACUGGGACGUUUAGCUACGGCCCCUCAAAAGCAGCAACCAUCCACCUGACCAAAACCACCGCGUCCAAACUCGCGCCCAAACACAUCAUGGUCAACGUCAUCUGCCCGGGCGUCUUCCCCUCGCGCAUGACGAACUUCGGGCUUGAGAAGUUUGCCGACGCUCUUGUGCAGGGUCAGCCCACGGGCCGGAUUGGCACGCCGAGUGAUUUCGGCGGGCUGGUGCUGUUCCUUGCGAGUAAGGGCGCGGCGCAUAUGGCUGGGAAUGCGAUUGAGAUUGAUGGCGGGGCGACGUUGUCUGGGUGGAGGGGUGGGGGGAGGGGGGGGAGUAGACUUUAG